AUGCCUCAGGCUCCCAACACGAUACCAGCCGCCCCAGAGCUCGAUGCGAAUACGUUCCCUUUCACCGAGGAUAUGAUGGUUGAGAUGGAGGAGUUUUUACGAGACUGGAUGCCGGGGCCGGAUGCUGUGGACAGCUCGGCCCCCGACCUUGGAGAAGUGCCACCACUUCUGGACUACACUGAGGAAGAGAUGAUGGCCGAAAUGGGGGAUUACUUCAGCGAUGUGGUGCCAGAGCCCGAGACACCACAGUCGGUGGUGUCGGAGGCAUUCUUAGGACCUUCGACUGACCCGGAAGUGAUGGCAGCGAUGGAGGAGUUCUUUGGGGAGGCCACUGGCAGCGGCUGGACCGAAGAACAAAUUAUGGCUGAGCUUGAUAAGCGAUUUGGAGGAGACGGUAACUAA